CUACCUCCAUUGGCUCCCACUUUAUCACUAUUCCAAAAAUGGGAUCGUCAACAUUUUCCUAUAUCUUUCACAUUCUCUUCAUUUCCCUCCUUGUUCCAAAUCUAGCUUCUUCCUCGCCAGUUCAAGAUCCUGAAUUUGUUGUUGAUGAAGUUCACAAGAGUAUCAAUGCUUCGAGGAGGAACUUGGGUUACUUGUCAUGUGGAACAGGAAAUCCCAUUGAUGAUUGUUGGAGGUGUGAUCCGAACUGGGAGAAGAACCGGCAAAGGUUAGCCGAUUGCGCGAUUGGGUUCGGGAAGCAUGCCAUGGGAGGCAAAAAUGGUCGAAUCUAUGUUAUUACGGAUGCCGGCGAUGACGACCCGGUGAACCCUAGGCCGGGUACUUUAAGGCAUGCUGUGAUUCAAGACGAGCCAUUGUGGAUUAUUUUCAAGAGAGAUAUGGUGAUUACGUUGAAACAAGAAUUGUUGAUGAACUCUUUCAAGACAAUAGACGGUCGAGGUGCGAGCGUUCACAUAUCGGGUGGACCAUGCAUCACCAUCCAUUAUGUGUCGAACAUCAUCAUCCAUGGCAUCCACAUACAUGAUUGUAAACCCGGGGGUAGUACAAUUAUAAGAGACUCUCCCCAUCAUGCAGGGCAUUGGACUCCAUCGGACGGUGAUGGUGUCUCAAUCUUUGGCAGCAAGAAUAUAUGGGUUGACCAUUGUUCAUUGUCGAAUUGUCAUGAUGGACUCAUCGAUGUCAUCCAUGGAUCCACCGCCGUGACUAUAUCAAACAACUACAUGACCCAUCAUGAUAAAGUCAUGCUUUUGGGCCACAGUGAUUCCUAUAUGCAAGAUAAAAACAUGCAAGUCACUGUUGCCUUUAACCAUUUCGGGGAAGGUCUAAUUCAAAGAAUGCCAAGGUGUAGACUUGGAUAUUUCCAUGUGGUGAACAACGAUUACACCCAUUGGGAAAUGUACGCCAUUGGUGGCAGUGCAAACCCUACUAUCAACAGCCAAGGAAACAGGUUUCUAGCACCCAAUGAUAGAUCAAAGAAAGAGGUGACCAAACAUGAGAAUGCACCAGAGAGUGAAUGGAAACGCUGGAACUGGAGAUCCGAAGGAGACUUGAUGUUGAAUGGAGCCUUUUUCAGGCAAACCGGUGCUUCUGGUGCAUCUUCAACCUUUGCUAGGGCUUCGAGCCUUAGUGCUAGACCAUCUUCUCUUGUGGGUACAAUGACAAUGACUGCUGGCGCACUCAAAUGUAGAAGGGGUUCCCACUGCUAGUUUUAAACUUAUAAUUAGCAGUUUAAUUAUAAUUUAGUCUUUUUGUUUCUUUUAAGAAUGUAAUGAAACGACGACCUCUGCAUGUUGCCUGAAAUUGGACACGACUUGGAUUAAUCAUUAAUCCUAUACAGUUAAUUUGUAGUAAUUUUCUGUAUUGAUAGAUCAAAGCAUGCAACUGCAGUUUAGGGUUGCUUUUAUGUAAUCUGCUAUAAGUGGCUAAAGUGUACUUUUUCAUGAAAGUGAUUGUCUUUAUUGAUAA